AACUAUCUCUGUCAGUGCCCACAUUGCCCACAUCAUGUUCAUGUUUUAGUUUCACGCCGAUUCUGUCUUCGAUCUUAUUGUAAUUAUAAAAGUUGCAAUUGUAAUAAUAUUAUAAAGAUACAUUACACAUUAACAACAAAAAAAAAAUUGCAUUUAAUAUUAGUUUACCUCAAAAGUCUGUUACUUAGAACAACAGUCAUGGAUGAAGAAUUAGGAGAAGUAACGCAAGAGAAUUAUGAUAUACCUCCAGUGAAAUACGAAUAUUUGGACCACACUGCUGACGUACAAUUGCAUGCCUGGGGUGAUAGUCUGAAAGAAGCUUUUGAACAGUGUGGAAUGGCAAUGUUCGGCUACAUGACGGAACUGAACUAUGUGACCAUCAGAGAGGUGCACACCAUCGAGGCCACUGCUGAUGACAUGAUGGGACUUUUGUAUCAUUUUCUUGACGAGCUGUUGUUUUUAUUUUCAGUUGAACCAUUUUUAGUCUGUAAAAAACUAGUGAUCACUGAGUUUAAUGUGGAAGAGUUUCGGAUUGUUUGCAAGUGUUAUGGUGAAGAGUUUCAGAUCGGCAAACAUCCCCAGGGGACAGAAGUAAAAGCUAUAACUUAUUCUGCUAUGCAAAUCAUUGAUGAACCAAAAGAUAAUAAAUAUGAAGUAUUUGUUAUAAUAGAUAUAUAACUAAAUUAUUAUUGAUUGCUUCAUUAUUUUUAACUAUAGGUACAUGUACACAAUUUAAUUCCUAUUGUUAUUCAUGAAAAGGGUUUUUCCUACUAGUUACCAGUACCACCCCUGGGCCCAUUUCUCGAACGGUAUUAAGUAGAUUAAUAUUAUUAGUCCACAAACUGUCAAAUCUUAUGGGUUACCAUGACAACGUACUAAUAUUAUUAGCCUAAUAUGUUGGUUCGAGAAAUGGGCCCCAAAUGAGUUUCUUAACAGAAACAGUAGAAAUAGUAAAGGGUGGUCCAGAGAUAGAGUCCGCUUUUUGCAGCAGUUUCUAUGACUACGAGAAUAAACAAUUGGAUUAAU